CUUUACCAUUACCAAGAGAUGUGGAAAUUACUGAUGUCAGUGAUGAAGGUGCUUCCAUAUCGUGGGUAAUUCCAGAAGAAGAUGGAGAUCUAAUUGGCAGUGUCAUUGUACAUUACAAGCCAGAUGGUUCCAAUGAAUGGCAGAAUGUGACUGUGGCAUCAUCAGACAACUCAGUUGAUUUGAUUAAUCUGAAACCAAAUACAACAUAUACAAUACAGGUCGCAGUUACUAGUACUGAUGGUCAACAUUCAAAAUCGACAACACCUACCAGUUUCACUACAUUAGCAGACCUCCUGCUCCCGUAUAACAUAAGCAUCAUCAACAUUGGAACAAGAGAAGCAACAGUUACAUGGUUGCUUGAUCUAAACUCUGAUAUAUCAGGCUCAGUAGUGCAAUAUAAACCUACCAAUAGUAUGCAAGACUGGAGGAAUACAUCAUUCUUACCAGCAUCUCUAAAUAUGUUCACUUUCACCAACCUGUCUGUUAAUGUGGAAUAUACCGUUCGUCUACUUUCUGUCUCUGCCGACCAAACAAGAUCAAAAGGCAGCAACGAGAUUGUAUUCACCACUGAAGCUUUACCAUUACCAAGAGAUGUGGAAAUUACUGAUGUCAGUGAUGAAGGUGCUUCCAUAUCGUGGGUAAUUCCAGAAGAAGACGGAGAUCUAAUUGGCAGUGUCAUUGUACAUUACAAGUCAGAUGGUUCCAAUGAAUGGCAGAAUGUGACUGUGGCAUCAUCAGACAACUCAGUUGAUUUGAUUAAUCUGAAACCAAAUACAACAUAUACAAUACAGGUCGGAGUUACUAGUACUGAUGGUCAACAUUCAAAAUCGACAACACCUACCAGUUUCACUACAUUAGCAGAUCUCCUGCUCCCGUAUAACAUAAGCAUCAUCAACAUUGGAACAAGAGAGGCAACAGUUACAUGGUUGCUUGAUCUAAACUCUGAUAUAUCAGGCUCAGUAGUGCAAUAUAAACCUACCAAUAGUAUGCAAGACUGGAGGAAUACAUCAUUCUUACCAACAUCUCUAAAUAUGUUCACUCUCACCAACCUGUCUGUUAAUGUGGAAUAUACCGUUCGUCUACUUUCUGUCACUGCGGAUCAAACAAGAUCAAAAGACAGCAACGAGAUUGUAUUCACCACUGAAGCUUUACCAUUACCAAGAGAUGUGGAAAUUACUGAUGUCAGUGAUGAAGGUGCUUCCAUAUCGUGGGUAAUUCCAGAAGAAGACGGAGAUCUAAUUGGCAGUGUCAUUGUACAUUACAAGCCAGAUGGUUCCAAUGAAUGGCAGAAUGUGACUGUGGCAUCAUCAGACAACUCAGUUGAUUUGAUUAAUCUGAAACCAAAUACAACAUAUACAAUACAGGUCGCAGUUACUAGUACUGAUGGUCAACAUUCAAAAUCGACAACACCUACCAGUUUCACUACAUUAGCAGACCUCCUGCUCCCGUAUAACAUAAGCAUCAUCAACAUUGGAACAAGAGAAGCAACAGUUACAUGGUUGCUUGAUCUAAACUCUGAUAUAUCAGGCUCAGUAGUGCAAUAUAAACCUACCAAUAGUAUGCAAGACUGGAGGAAUACAUCAUUCUUACCAGCAUCUCUAAAUAUGUUCACUUUCACCAACCUGUCUGUUAAUGUGGAAUAUACCGUUCGUCUACUUUCUGUCUCUGCCGACCAAACAAGAUCAAAAGGCAGCAACGAGAUUGUAUUCACCACUGAAGCUUUACCAUUACCAAGAGAUGUGGAAAUUACUGAUGUCAGUGAUGAAGGUGCUUCCAUAUCGUGGGUAAUUCCAGAAGAAGACGGAGAUCUAAUUGGCAGUGUCAUUGUACAUUACAAGUCAGAUGGUUCCAAUGAAUGGCAGAAUGUGACUGUGGCAUCAUCAGACAACUCAGUUGAUUUGAUUAAUCUGAAAGCAAAUACAACAUAUACAAUACAGGUCGCAGUUACUAGUACUGAUGGUCAACAUUCAAAAUCGACAACACCUACCAGUUUCACUACAUUAGCAGACCUCCUGCUCCCGUAUAACAUAAGUAUCAUCAGCAUUGGAACAAGAGAGGCAACAGUUACAUGGUUGCUUGAUCUAAACUCUGAUAUAUCAGGCUCAGUAGUGCAAUAUAAACCUACCAAUAGUAUGCAAGACUGGAGGAAUACAUCAUUCUUACCAACAUCUCUAAAUAUGUUCACUCUCACCAACCUGUCUGUUAAUGCGGAAUAUACCGUUCGUCUACUUUCUGUCUCUGCCGACCAAACAAGAUCAAAAGGCAGCAACGAGAUUGUAUUCACCACUGAAGCUUUACCAUUACCAAGAGAUGUGGAAAUUACUGAUGUCAGUGAUGAAGGUGCUUCCAUAUCGUGGGUAAUUCCAGAAGAAGACGGAGAUCUAAUUGGCAGUGUCAUUGUACAUUACAAGCCAGAUGGUUCCAAUGAAUGGCAGAAUGUGACUGUGGCAUCAUCAGACAACUCAGUUGAUUUGAUUAAUCUGGAACCAAAUACAACAUAUACAAUACAGGUCGCAGUUACUAGUACUGAUGGUCAACAUUCAAAAUCGACAACACCUACCAGUUUCACUACAUUAGCAGAUCUCCUGCUCCCGUAUAACAUAAGCAUCAUCAACAUUGGAACAAGAGAGGCAACAGUUACAUGGUUGCUUGAUCUAAACUCUGAUAUAUCAGGCUCAGUAGUGCAAUAUAAACCUACCAAUAGUAUGCAAGACUGGAGGAAUACAUCAUUCUUACCAACAUCUCUAAAUAUGUUCACUCUCACCAACCUGUCUGUUAAUGUGGAAUAUACCGUUCGUCUACUUUCUGUCACUGCGGAUCAAACAAGAUCAAAAGACAGCAACGAGAUUGUAUUCACCACUGAAGCUUUACCAUUACCAAGAGAUGUGGAAAUUACUGAUGUCAGUGAUGAAGGUGCUUCCAUAUCGUGGGUAAUUCCAGAAGAAGACGGAGAUCUAAUUGGCAGUGUCAUUGUACAUUACAAGCCAGAUGGUUCCAAUGAAUGGCAGAAUGUGACUGUGGCAUCAUCAGACAACUCAGUUGAUUUGAUUAAUCUGGAACCAAAUACAACAUAUACAAUACAGGUCGCAGUUACUAGUACUGAUGGUCAACAUUCAAAAUCGACAACACCUACCAGUUUCACUACAUUAGCAGAUCUCCUGCUCCCGUAUAACAUAAGCAUCAUCAACAUUGGAACAAGAGAGGCAACAGUUACAUGGUUGCUUGAUCUAAACUCUGAUAUAUCAGGCUCAGUAGUGCAAUAUAAACCUACCAAUAGUAUGCAAGACUGGAGGAAUACAUCAUUCUUACCAACAUCUCUAAAUAUGUUCACUCUCACCAACCUGUCUGUUAAUGUGGAAUAUACCGUUCGUCUACUUUCUGUCACUGCGGAUCAAACAAGAUCAAAAGACAGCAACGAGAUUGUAUUCACCACUGAAGCUUUACCAUUACCAAGAGAUGUGGAAAUUACUGAUGUCAGUGAUGAAGGUGCUUCCAUAUCGUGGGUAAUUCCAGAAGAAGAUGGAGAUCUAAUUGGCAGUGUCAUUGUACAUUACAAGCCAGAUGGUUCCAAUGAAUGGCAGAAUGUGACUGUGGCAUCAUCAGACAACUCAGUUGAUUUGAUUAAUCUGAAAGCAAAUACAACAUAUACAAUACAGGUCGCAGUUACUAGUACUGAUGGUCAACAUUCAAAAUCGACAACACCUACCAGUUUCACUACAUUAGCAGAUCCCCUGCUCCCGUAUAACAUAAGUAUCAUCAGCAUUGGAACAAGAGAGGCAACAGUUACAUGGUUGCUUGAUCUAAACUCUGAUAUAUCAGGCUCAGUAGUGCAAUAUAAACCUACCAAUAGUAUGCAAGACUGGAGGAAUACAUCAUUCUUACCAACAUCUCUAAAUAUGUUCACUCUCACCAACCUGUCUGUUAAUGUGGAAUAUACCGUUCGUCUACUUUCUGUCUCUGCCGACCGAACAAGAUCAAAAGGCAGUAACGAGAUUGUAUUCACCACUGAAGCUUUACCAUUACCAAUAGAUGUGGAAAUUACUGAUGUCAGUGAUGAAGGUGCUUCCAUAUCGUGGGUAAUUCCAGAAGAAGACGGAGAUCUAAUUGGCAGUGUCAUUGUACAUUACAAGCCAGAUGGUUCCAAUGAAUGGCAGAAUGUGACUGUGGCAUCAUCAGACAACUCAGUUGAUUUGAUUAAUCUGGAACCAAAUACAACAUAUACAAUACAGGUCGCAGUUACUAGUACUGAUGGUCAACAUUCAAAAUCGACAACACCUACCAGUUUCACUACAUUAGCAGAUCCCCUGCUCCCGUAUAACAUAAGUAUCAUCAGCAUUGGAACAAGAGAGGCAACAGUUACAUGGUUGCUUGAUCUAAACUCUGAUAUAUCAGGCUCAGUAGUGCAAUAUAAACCUACCAAUAGUAUGCAAGACUGGAGGAAUACACCAUUCUUACCAACAUCUCUAAAUAUGUUCACUCUCACCAACCUGUCUGUUAAUGUGGAAUAUACCAUUCGUCUACUUUCUGUCACUGCGGAUCAAACAAGAUCAAAAGGCAGCAACGAGAUUGUAUUCACCACUGAAGCUUUACCAUUACCAAGAGAUGUGGAAAUUACUGAUGUCAGUGAUGAAGGUGCUUCCAUAUCGUGGGUAAUUCCAGAAGAAGAUGGAGAUCUAAUUGGCAGUGUCAUUGUACAUUACAAGCCAGAUGGUUCCAAUGAAUGGCAGAAUGUGACUGUGGCAUCAUCAGUCAACUCAGUUGAUUUGAUUAAUCUGAAACCAAAUACAACAUAUACAAUACAGGUCGCAGUUACUAGUACUGAUGGUCAACAUUCAAAAUCGACAACACCUACCAGUUUCACUACAUUAGCAGAUCUCCUGCUCCCGUAUAACAUAAGCAUCAUCAACAUUGGAACAAGAGAGGCAACAGUUACAUGGUUGCUUGAUCUAAACUCUGAUAUAUCAGGCUCAGUAGUGCAAUAUAAACCUACCAAUAGUAUGCAAGACUGGAGGAAUACAUCAUUCUUACCAACAUCUCUAAAUAUGUUCACUUUCACCAACCUGUCUGUUAAUGUGGAAUAUACCGUUCAUCUACUUUCUGUCUCUGCCGACCGAACAAGAUCAAAAGGCAGUAACGAGAUUGUAUUCACCACUGAAGCUUUACCAUUACCAAUAGAUGUGGAAAUUACUGAUGUCAGUGAUGAAGGUGCUUCCAUAUCGUGGGUAAUUCCAGAAGAAGACGGAUAUCUAAUUGGCAGUGUCAUUGUACAUUACAAGCCAGAUGGUUCCAAUGAAUGGCAGAAUGUGACUGUGGCAUCAUCAGACAACUCAGUUGAUUUGAUUAAUCUGGAACCAAAUACAACAUAUACAAUACAGGUCGCAGUUACUAGUACUGAUGGUCAACAUUCAAAAUCGACAACACCUACCAGUUUCACUACAUUAGCAGAUCUCCUGCUCCCGUAUAACAUAAGUAUCAUCAGCAUUGGAACAAGAGAGGCAACAGUUACAUGGUUGCUUGAUCUAAACACUGAUAUAUCAGGCUCAGUAGUGCAAUAUAAACCUACCAAUAGUAUGCAAGACUGGAGGAAUACAUCAUUCUUACCAACAUCUCUAAAUAUGUUCACUCUCACCAACCUGUCUGUUAAUGUGGAAUAUACCGUUCGUCUACUUUCUGUCACUGCGGAUCAAACAAGAUCAAAAGGCAGCAACGAGAUUGUAUUCACCACUGAAGCUUUACCAUUACCAAGAGAUGUGGAAAUUACUGAUGUCAGUGAUGAAGGUGCUUUCAUAUCGUGGGUAAUUCCAGAAGAAGAUGGAGAUCUAAUUGGCAGUGUCAUUGUACAUUACAAGCCAGAUGGUUCCAAUGAAUGGCAGAAUGUGACUGUGGCAUCAUCAGUCAACUCAAUUGAUUUGAUUAAUCUGAAACCAAAUACAACAUAUACAAUACAGGUCGCAGUUACUAGUACUGAUGGUCAACAUUCAAAAUCGACAACACCUACCAGUUUCACUACAUUAGCAGAUCUCCUGCUCCCGUAUAACAUAAGCAUCAUCAACAUUGGAACAAGAGAGGCAACAGUUACAUGGUUGCUUGAUCUAAACUCUGAUAUAUCAGGCUCAGUAGUGCAAUAUAAACCUACCAAUAGUAUGCAAGACUGGAGGAAUACAUCAUUCUUACCAACAUCUCUAAAUAUGUUCACUUUCACCAACCUGUCUGUUAAUGUGGAAUAUACCGUUCGUCUACUUUCUGUCUCUGCCGACCGAACAAGAUCAAAAGGCAGUAACGAGAUUGUAUUCACCACUGAAGCUUUACCAUUACCAAUAGAUGUGGAAAUUACUGAUGUCAGUGAUGAAGGUGCUUCCAUAUCGUGGGUAAUUCCAGAAGAAGACGGAGAUCUAAUUGGCAGUGUCAUUGUACAUUACAAGCUAGAUGGUUCCAAUGAAUGGCAGAAUGUGACUGUGGCAUCAUCAGACAACUCAGUUGAUUUGAUUAAUCUGGAACCAAAUACAACAUAUACAAUACAGGUCGCAGUUACUAGUACUGAUGGUCAACAUUCAAAAUCGACAACACCUACCAGUUUCACUACAUUAGCAGAUCUCCUGCUCCCGUAUAACAUAAGCAUCAUCAACAUUGGAACAAGAGAGGCAACAGUUACAUGGUUGCUUGAUCUAAACUCUGAUAUAUCAGGCUCAGUAGUGCAAUAUAAACCUACCAAUAGUAUGCAAGACUGGAGGAAUACAUCAUUCUUACCAACAUCUCUAAAUAUGUUCACUCUCACCAACCUGUCUGUUAAUGUGGAAUAUACCGUUCGUCUACUUUCUGUCACUGUGGAUCAAACAAGAUCAAAAGGCAGCAACGAGAUUGUAUUCACCACUGAAGCUUUACCAUUACCAAGAGAUGUGGAAAUUACUGAUGUCAGUGAUGAAGGUGCUUCCAUAUCGUGGGUAAUUCCAGAAGAAGAUGGAGAUCUAAUUGGCAGUGUCAUUGUACAUUACAUGCCAGAUGGUUCCAAUGAAUGGCAGAAUGUGACUGUGGCAUCAUCAGACAACUCAGUUGAUUUGAUUAAUCUGAAUCCAAAUACAACAUAUACAAUACAGGUCGCAGUUACUAGUACUGAUGGUCAACAUUCAAAAUCGACAACACCUACCAGUUUCACUACAUUAGCAGACCUCCUGCUCCCGUAUAACAUAAGUAUCAUCAGCAUUGGAACAAGAGAGGCAACAGUUACAUGGUUGCUUGAUCUAAACACUGAUAUAUCAGGCUCAGUAGUGCAAUAUAAACCUACCAAUAGUAUGCAAGACUGGAGGAAUACAUCAUUCUUACCAACAUCUCUAAAUAUGUUCACUCUCACCAACCUGUCUGUUAAUGUGGAAUAUACCGUUCGUCUACUUUCUGUCUCUGCCGACCGAACAAGAUCAAAAGGCAGUAACGAGAUUGUAUUCACCACUGAAGCUUUACCAUUACCAAUAGAUGUGGAAAUUACUGAUGUCAGUGAUGAAGGUGCUUCCAUAUCGUGGGUAAUUCCAGAAGAAGACGGAGAUCUAAUUGGCAGUGUCAUUGUACAUUACAAGCCAGAUGGUUCCAAUGAAUGGCAGAAUGUGACUGUGGCAUCAUCAGACAACUCAGUUGAUUUGAUUAAUCUGGAACCAAAUACAACAUAUACAAUACAGGUCGCAGUUACUAGUACUGAUGGUCAACAUUCAAAAUCGACAACACCUACCAGUUUCACUACAUUAGCAGACCUCCUGCUCCCGUAUAACAUAAGCAUCAUCAACAUUGGAACAAGAGAAGCAACAGUUACAUGGUUGCUUGAUCUAAACUCUGAUAUAUCAGGCUCAGUAGUGCAAUAUAAACCUACCAAUAGUAUGCAAGACUGGAGGAAUACAUCAUUCUUACCAACAUCUCUAAAUAUGUUCACUUUCACCAACCUGUCUGUUAAUGUGGAAUAUACCGUUCGUCUACUUUCUGUCUCUGCCGACCGAACAAGAUCAAAAGGCAGUAACGAGAUUGUAUUCACCACUGAAGCUUUACCAUUACCAAUAGAUGUGGAAAUUACUGAUGUCAGUGAUGAAGGUGCUUCCAUAUCGUGGGUAAUUCCAGAAGAAGACGGAGAUCUAAUUGGCAGUGUCAUUGUACAUUACAAGCCAGAUGGUUCUAAUGAAUGGCAGAAUGUGACUGUGGCAUCAUCAGACAACUCAGUUGAUUUGAUUAAUCUGGAACCAAAUACAACAUAUACAAUACAGGUCGCAGUUACUAGUACUGAUGGUCAACAUUCAAAAUCGACAACACCUACCAGCUUCACUACAUUAGCAGAUCUCCUGCUCCCGUAUAACAUAAGUAUCAUCAGCAUUGGAACAAGAGAGGCAACAGUUACAUGGUUGCUUGAUCUAAACUCUGAUAUAUCAGGCUCAGUAGUGCAAUAUAAACCUACCAAUAGUAUGCAAGACUGGAGGAAUACAUCAUUCUUACCAACAUCUCUAAAUAUGUUCACUCUCACCAACCUGUCUGUUAAUGUGGAAUAUACCGUUCGUCUACUUUCUGUCACUGCGGAUCAAACAAGAUCAAAAGGCAGCAACGAGAUUGUAUUUACCACUGAAGCUUUACCAUUACCAAGAGAUGUGGAAAUUACUGAUGUCAGUGAUGAAGGUGCUUCCAUAUCGUGGGUAAUUCCAGAAGAAGAUGGAGAUCUAAUUGGCAGUGUCAUUGUACAUUACAAGCCAGAUGGUUCCAAUGAAUGGCAGAAUGUGACUGUGGCAUCAUCAGACAACUCAGUUGAUUUGAUUAAUCUGAAACCAAAUACAACAUAUACAAUACAGGUCGCAGUUACUAGUACUGAUGGUCAACAUUCAAAAUCGACAACACCUACCAGUUUCACUACAUUAGCAGACCUCCUGCUCCCGUAUAACAUAAGCAUCAUCAACAUUGGAACAAGAGAAGCAACAGUUACAUGGUUGCUUGAUCUAAACUCUGAUAUAUCAGGCUCAGUAGUGCAAUAUAAACCUACCAAUAGUAUGCAAGACUGGAGGAAUACAUCAUUCUUACCAACAUCUCUAAAUAUGUUCACUUUCACCAACCUGUCUGUUAAUGUGGAAUAUACCGUUCGUCUACUUUCUGUCUCUGCCGACCGAACAAGAUCAAAAGGCAGUAACGAGAUUGUAUUCACCACUGAAGCUUUACCAUUACCAAUAGAUGUGGAAAUUACUGAUGUCAGUGAUGAAGGUGCUUCCAUAUCGUGGGUAAUUCCAGAAGAAGACGGAGAUCUAAUUGGCAGUGUCAUUGUACAUUACAAGCCAGAUGGUUCUAAUGAAUGGCAGAAUGUGACUGUGGCAUCAUCAGACAACUCAGUUGAUUUGAUUAAUCUGGAACCAAAUACAACAUAUACAAUACAGGUCGCAGUUACUAGUACUGAUGGUCAACAUUCAAAAUCGACAACACCUACCAGCUUCACUACAUUAGCAG